GGUAUCACACACAAGUACACAACACUAUACAAGUCGUCCUGAAGUGCGUUCUACAAUAAUAAUAUUUAUUAAUUUUUAAUUACCUAUUUACCUAUUACUAUUUAUUUACUAUUCGUGGGUGUCGUCAUUUGAACACAUUUGUUGAUUCCAAUUUCCCUCUGCUAUGUAUCAUCGUUAAGUAAAUUAAACGUGUGUUCCGUUUGAGAUUGUAAUACAAUUCAUUGAAUUGUAUGUGAAUAUAAGUUAAUAUAACUGAUUGGUUUGCAUCUAAUAACACAUUUGGAUAAUUCAAAUCAAUCAAAAACAAGUGUUCUUAUGCACAUUUUAAAUCUGCUGUUACCAAAUAAGUAAUCAAUAAACUAGUAGGUUGCAUCACUUAAAUUACGUAUACUAUCAAGAAAAAACCUGAUCAUUUUAUUAAAAUGUCUCUUUAUACAGAUAUGUCUGCAGCACUAUCUAUUUUGACUGAAAUAAAAUCUUUGGUCAAUGAAUCAGGUGAUGAUAAAUUAAAAGCUAAUACCAAUAAUGAUCUUCAACUCCUGAUCUCUGUUUUUCAAAACCCAAUUAUAAAAACUAUUGCAUCUGUUCAGGAUUCUGUAUCUGAAUUGAGUUGUCAACUUCAAGAACAUCCGUCAUUAUUACCAGUUGAUUUCGAUAUAUCACCUGUUACUGGUCAUUUAGUAUUGAGUUUGCCAUCCGAGUCUACUCUUUAUAAUAGUGUACCAGAAGAUUUGGAUCAAAGAGUUCCUAAACUUUCAAAUAGUUCAUCUACAGAGAGUUCAUCUCCUUCAUCAAAGGAAAGUAAAUCCUUAAUAAAAGAUAUAUCAACUACUUUACCACCAAUAACAACACCAUCUUAUGCCGUUGAAUUUCAAAAAGCAGUAGAAGAAGCAUCUAGAGGACGUAAAAUACAUAACGUUCAACUCUUCAAGCCAGAAGGUUGCAGUUUGGGUUUUAGUGUAGUUGGCUUAAGAAGUGAAGAAAAGGGAGAACUCGGAAUAUUUGUCCAAGAAAUUCAACAAAAUGGAAUUGCUGCACGCUCAUGCAUUUCACCUCUGCUGGGGACAUCUAACCCACCCAUAAGAGAAGGAGGGCUUCAUGAAGGUGAUCAGAUUAUUGCUAUCGAUGGGCAACCAUUGGACACAAAUGUGUCUCACCAGCAAGCUAUUGGAAUACUGCAACAGGCUCGUGGGCUUGUUCAGUUGGUCGUAGCGCGCCCUCUUACACCACCUCCUUUACCAACAUCACAACCUUCUAGUAACAUGUUGAACACAGAAUGGGCUCAAGUUGAAGUAAUUGAGCUGCUCAAUGAUGGAUCUGGAUUAGGAUUUGGUAUUAUAGGUGGUCGUAGCACCGGUGUUGUUGUUAAGACAAUACUUCCAGGAGGAGUGGCUGAUAGAGAUGGGCGAUUACAAAGUGGUGAUCAUAUACUACAAAUAGGCGAAGUAAACUUAAGAGGAAUGGGAAGUGAACAGGUUGCAUCUGUGCUUCGACAAUCUGGGAGUCAAGUUAGAUUGGUCGUAGCUCGUCCAAUAGAAUCUAGUGCAAUUGAUAUAAUUCAAAAUUUAAGCUGUAGAGCACCAAUUGUACCAACAAAGAUGUUAGGAGAUGCAGAUGAGCUUGAUCGUCAUUUAGUUCAGCAUGGAUAUCCAGAAGUUGCAACAUAUACUCCUGAUUAUUUUUUCCAAAAUUUUACAAAUGAAAACAAUUUGAUAAUCAGUGAACAUAUUAUACCUGCCUCAUUGCCUGUUCUUACAAUGGAUAUGGUACCACCUGAUAGUAUUACAACUCUCCCAGAAACUGAUUCAUUUAGUGUGCAAUUAAAAAAAGAUACUCAUGGCUUAGGAAUAACUAUAGCAGGGUAUGUUUGUGAAAAAGAAGAAUUAUCUGGUAUAUUUGUGAAAAGCAUCAGUGAAGGUAGUGCAGCUGACCUAUGCAAAAAAAUUCAGGUGAAUGACCGUAUCGUUGAAGUUGAUGGAACUUCAUUGCAAGGAUUUACCAAUCAUGAGGCAGUUGAAGUUUUGAGAUCUACGGGUCAAAUGGUUACAUUGCGUUUAGAACGUUACCUACGGGGCCCUAAAUUUGAACAACUACAAGUAGCCAUAGCAGCAUCAGAAAUGAAGCCAAACACAAAUAGUGCAACUGCGUCACCAUCUAUAAUGUCUUUACCUAGAUUUCCAAUAACUGAUGGAGAAAGUACUGCGGAAAUUGAAGUAGAAGGUGAAUCAGGAGCAACAGUAGAGGCUGAUAUGCUUGGUGAAGUAGAAGAUGAAAUGGUUGAAGAAACUGAUUCUGUGGGAAAUUCUUCACUUGAUGGAGAGCUUAAACCAGAAACACUGAAAAAGAUCAGAAAUAAAUGGAUUGAUGUUGUUGGAAAUGAUGUAGAAAUUGUUGUAGGUCAGUUGAAGAAAUUUAGUGAAGGUGGUGGUCUAGGUAUAAGUUUGGAAGGUACUGUAGAUGUAGAAAAUGGCAUGGAAGUGAGGCCACAUCACUACAUACGAUCAGUUUUACCUGAAGGACCAGUGGGAAAAAAUGCAAGUCUUCAAUCUGGUGAUGAGUUGCUUGAAGUAAACGGACACCGAUUAUUGGGUAGAAACCAUAUGGAAGUGGUAGCAAUAUUGAAAGAGUUACCUAUUAAUGUCAGAAUGAUUUGUGCUAGACGCACUGAUGAACAACAAUUGCCACACCAUUACCUUACCGACAUUACAGAGGAUCGAGCUGCUUUUGCUGCUAAAAAUGCAUUAGGCGGUAGUCUUCAAAAUUUAAUGCCUGCUACUGAUCGUUUGGUGAAAGCAAAAUCAGAUGGAUCAUUGGCUAGUACUGGAACAGCAGGGUGUUCAGAAUCUAGUAGAUUACGUUCUCGAUCUCUUGAACCUCUAACUGGAUUAGCUAUGUGGUCUUCACAGCCCCAACUUAUCGAGCUUAUGAAAGGAGAACGUGGCCUUGGAUUUUCAAUUUUAGAUUAUCAAGAUCCCAUGAACCCAAGUGAAACAGUGAUUGUGAUUCGUUCAUUAGUACCUGGUGGAGUAGCCCAAAAUGAUGGUCGCUUGAUACCCGGAGAUCGUUUACUUCGAGUAAAUGAUAUUUGUUUGGAGAAUGCGUCAUUAGAUCAAGCUGUGCAAGCUUUGAAGGGUGCUCCCAAAGGAGUAGUCCAUAUUGCUGUUGCCAAGCCACUGCCCAUACCAGAUAGUAGCAGUCAGGAUGAUAGCUCAGAAGAAAAAAAAUUGAGCAUCAAUGAUGAAGAUGAUGAUGAAGAGUGCUAUUCAAUGUACAGUUGCCCUGAAUCACCUAUCAUUUUUGAUGAUGUAAAGAAAACCGAUGAGACUUUUAAACAAAUAUGUUCAAUGGAUGAGACAGAUAAUGUACAAGAUGUGCAAGAGAUCACACUUACUAAAGGCUCAUCACCAUUGGGCAUAUAUCUGCGUAGACGUUCAUUUAGCGAUCAUAUGGGUUUGGAAAUUGAAAACUUAUUUGGUGCUGCUGAACAAGAUCGCAGGCUAAAAAUUGGCGAUGUAGUAAUUUCUGUUAAUAAUGAAUCAUUGAAGUAUGUGUCACCAGCCCAAGUGAAGUCGAUUUUAUCUAGAGCUAAUCUACUAACAGGCCAUAUACCUGUACGUUUUGUACGUGCAGAGGCGGUUAAGAAUACCUGUGUAAUCCGAAGUAAAACUGUACCUAAUAUAACUCUACGUACUCCAAGGAUAUUACCUGUCUAUUACAAAUCGCCUUUUGUUGAGCUACGUGAAACUGAAGAUCGUUUACUUAAUAAGAAAUCUCACUCUAAAGUUUCUAGAUCCAAGUCUAACGACCCUUGUUUGCAAUUGGCCAUAUCAACAAAAUCUAAAUCCGAAUGCGUUUUAUGCACAAAAUGUCAUUCAGUUCAACGAACAAAGAGCUGGAAUGAAACUGAACCAAUAAAUGAUGUGAGUUUUGAAAACGUUAUCAAUUAUUAUAAGGUAUUCAAAACUAGCGACAAAUACGUAUGCGCAAAGUUUACUAGCGAUCAAUUUAUUAAGAAGUUAGAUGAGAAAUUACGUGAAGAAACUGAUAGAUUGUCAGAGUUUACUCAAAGUAUAUCUAUAACAUCAAAUUUAAAUGAAGACGAAAUUGAACAUCAAUUAAAAGUUAAAACUGAAGAGUUAGAAAGACUCACUGAAGAGGAUGCUUAUACAUCUUUAGACAAAAAUGCAUUACGUUUGGGAAGUGCUGAAUUUGGAUCUUUUGAUGGUCCUCCAACUCGUAUUUAUCGGUUUCCAAGUACUGGGAUUGGCUUAGAUAGAAGUGAAGGAAGUGUAUUCACCAUGACAAUAUCUGGACAACAAUCAGCUGCUUCCUUACUGGCUAAGCAUUGGGGUCCCCAACGUGAAGUAACAGUUCGGAGGGAUCCAAACAAGAGUUUAGGAAUCAGUAUUGUUGGAGGAAAGGUUGAUUUUUUCAACAGCACUAAUACAAAUAAUAGCGCAGCUAUAUCAGGUAUAUUCGUAAAACAUGUACUUCCUCAAAGCCCUGCUGGUCAAGAUGGUCAAUUAAAAACCGGUGAUAGAAUAUUAGAAGUUAACGGGACUGAUGUUCGACACGCUAAUCAUGAACAAGCUGUUGCAGUAAUUCGUUCAGCUGGUAACCCAGUCAUUUUUCUUGUACAAUCACUUGUAUGUUGGUCCGAAGAUCAAUAUGAACAGUCAAAGUCAUCGGCUGUUAUUGAAGAUUCGUUCAAAGUAUCGCAAGAGCCUAUGAAACCUGGCAAUAGUGUAAAACAUAGAAUUUCAACAUGGCAACAGAAAAGUGAAGACAAUGCUAAUGAAGAUAAUAUUCCGAUUCGUAAGAAUUCGUUAGCUUUAAUCAAAGCUAUGAGUUCAUUUGACCGUAAAAAAUCUAUCAAAUCUAAUAAAAGUGAAGAUGAUAGUGAAGACGAUGAAGAUAAUAGAGAUAACGAAGGACGCAUUAGAAUUCAUUCAGGACAAGAAAUAAUGCGGUCUAGUGCUGGUAAUGUUAAAAGAUCAAAAGUAGAAAUUGAUGCUGAUCCAGAACCAGAGGAUGAAUAUGGUUAUACUCCAAAUAAAGCGAAGAAAAAGUAUGGAAAUCUGUGCGAUGUCAGGGACGGUGGUUCGAUCAGCGAAGUGUUGGUGGUAAUGUUGGAGAGAUCUCCUGGUUCCGGUCUAGGUCUUAGUUUGUCCGGUCAUAAGGACCGAACAAAAAUGGCGGUCAUGGUUUGCGGAUUGAAUCCCAACGGUCCGGCCGCGAAGUCCGGAUGUUUACGGGUCGGUGACGAAAUUUUAGAGGUUAAUGGGGUAGUUUUACAUGGAAGAUGUCACCUAAACGCCUCAGCCAUAAUCAAAGGUAUACCGGGACCAAUAUACAAAAUAAUUGUUCUAAGGAAACCUACGGCCCUGGACGAAUUAGCGGUGCGACCGAUCACUCAGUUUCCUAUUACACUAGAUGACGAGACACCAGAAGAGAAGUAUGCCAAUUACAAAGGCCUACGGAUCGUUACUAUGAAGAAGCCCUGUAUCAGUUUUACAUACGAAGGCCAAAUCACAAAUUCACCCACACAACAGAGUCCUCAUGGUCUGGGCAUAAUGAUUUUGGAGGGGAAACACGCGGAACUAGGGACGGGCAUAUUCAUAUCCGAUAUACAAGAAGGAAGCCCAGCUGAACAGGCUGGUCUGACGGUAGGCGAUCUGAUUUUGGCUGUGAAUAAAGACACACUUCUGGGGAGUACAUACGACGCAGCGUCAUCGUUGCUGAAGAAGACUGAGGGUGUCGUAACGUUAGUGGUAUGCAACCCGCGUAAAGACGAGGGAGUGACGGUUGCGGACCAGAAAGCCGCCGAUAAACCUAAACAACCGGAAAAACCGAAAUCUCAAUCACCCGUUUGUUUGGACCAUUCAGUCGAACCGCCACCAGAUCCUGCGACCGCCCCGAUAAAACCAGGUUUCGAAUCGACGAUCGAAAUCAACAAGGACAAAGUUGGCUUGGGUCUCAGCAUAGUAGGCGGAUCUGAUACAUUACUGGACGUAGUCAUGAUUCACGAGGUAUAUCCAGACGGAGCCGCAGCCAAAGAUGGCAGACUCAGGCCCGGGGAUCAGUUGGUGGAGGUGAACGGGGAAGACUUUAGGAGCAUAACGCAUAUCAAAGCGUUGGGCGUCUUACGGCAAACGCCGGCAAAGGUGACCAUGGUCGUGCUUAGAGACGAGUCGUGCGUUCCAGACGAAAAUGGUCGUGUUUCCGCUGACACGACGAAUAUCAUGGACGCGUUCGAUGUGGAAUUGACAAAAAAACCCAGCAAAGGUCUAGGGUUGAGCAUAGUGGGUCGGAAAUCCGGUUCGGGAAUAUUCAUAUCGGAUAUUGUGGCCGGUGGUGCGGCCGGCGUUGACGGCCGUCUGAUGAAAGGCGAUCAGAUCUUGGCGGUCAACGGCCAAGACUUGCGGAACGCAUCUCAAGAAGAAGCUGCUGCCGUACUGAAGACGGCGACGGGCCGAGUCACUUUGAAAAUGGGUCGUCUCAAAGCUCGCUCGUCCACGUCUAGUUCGGACAACGACUCGGCGGCGUCAUUGGCAGAAACGCGCACCGUGACGAUGGUACGUAGAAUGGACGGGUUCGGGUUCAGCAUCGUCGGCGGUCACGACCACCUGCCGAUUUACGUCAAGACGGUGUUCCCCGACAGCGCGGCCGACUCGAGCGGGCUGUGCCGCGGCGACAGGAUUUUGGCUGUCGGUGGCGUGCCGGUGGACGGCAUGGAACACGAUCAGGUGGUCGCCUUGCUCAACGAAGCGGUCGCGUCCGUCACGCUCACCCUACAGUCGUAGCCUUCCGCGGAGGAUAGGACGUUUCGAGUACCUCACCUACCUUAGUAUUAUAAGUUAUAACUAAUAAGUGUAAACGACACCACCGCACUGUUUGUAUAAGCGAGGAGAUCCAUUUAACGUUGGACACUUAUCAUUAUUUCAGAUAACACUAACAUUUAAAAAUAUUAUUUUUUUCAU